UCAAAAGCAAACAUAUCCCAGUGACACCAGUGGCUUUUAUGGUUCCUUCAAAACCUAUUCGUUCUGUGCGUCGUUUUCACCAACUCUCAGUGGACGUUCUCACUUGUUUGCCAGGAACUCCAUGGCAUCCGAUUCCAAGGAUAUUGCUGGACCGGCACAAGCGAAGCUGAAGCUCUACAGCCACUGCCAGAGCACUUGCUCUCAGCGUGUCAUCAUUGUUCUCAAGCUGAAAGGUUUGGAUUAUGAGUACAAGGCAGUGGAUAUUAUGAAAGGUGAUCACUUUGAUCAAGAAUUUGAGAGGUUAAAUCCAAUUAAUUUUGUGCCGGUAUUGGUGGACGGAGACGUAGUAGUUGGUGAUUCUUAUGCCAUUAUUCUUUAUUUGGAGGAUAAGUACCCUCAACAUCCAUUGCUCCCCAAGGAUCUUAAGAGGAAGGCUCUUAAUCUCCAGGUAGCAAGCAUUGUUUGUUCAAGCAUUCAACCCUUUCACAAUCUGCUCAUACAAAAAUUCAUGGAAACUAAAUUUAAUGCUGAUGAGAAACUCAAGUUGGUUCAACACCAUGUUGAGAAAGGCCUUUCUGCUCUGGAGAAGCUCCUAAAGGAUGUUCCUGGAAAAUAUGCUACAGGAGAUGAAGUCCUACUGGCCGAUGUGUUUUUAGCUCCACAGCUUAACUUUGCAGUAACAUGGCUAGGAAUUGACAUGACUCAAUACCCAAGAUUGGCCAGAGCUGAUGUUGCAUACAAUGAACUUCCUGCAUUCCAAGCUGCUCUUCCAGAACGGCAACCAGAUUACCCUUCUUCAUCUUAAUUCACUUUGCAACCAGAUUUUGUUUGUGUGUUGUUGUUCUACAGCUAGUGGACUGUGACUUGGCUGCGUGUUGUUUUCCGCCCUAUGGGUGUUUUAUUCUCUUUAUUUUGGAAUGGUUGUGGUUUAUCUAUCUUUUCAAAUAAAUAAAUAAAUAAAUAAAUAAUCUAUCAUAGCAGAGAAUGUUUAUGUAA